GGGGGGGGGACAGUUUUGCUCCGGCUCGGCUCGGCCAUGGACCGGCGGCGGGUCCCGGGCGUUCAGGAGUGACCCGUCCGUGACACCAGUGGGAGCCCAGCUGCAGAGAGCACCAAGCGCGAGCACCAGUGGGGUCCGCGGGACGCGCGGCUCCGUCUUGGCCAUCCCGGUGCAGCGCGGCGCAACCCCUCCCUGCCGCGGCGAUGCCGAUCCUCAAGCAACUCGUCUCCAACUCUGCCCACUCCAAGCGGCGCUCGCGGGCCGACCUGACGGCCGAAAUGAUCAGCGCGCCUCUGGGGGACUUUCGCCACACCAUGCAUGUGGGGCGAGCGGGGGACGCCUUUGGGGACACCUCCUUCCUCACCAGCAAGGCGGGAGAGCCGGGGCCGGAGGUUGGCGAAGAGCCGGGUGCCUCCAAACCCAGCCUGCUCUCCCGCCGCUUCCGCAGCAGCAAGCGCUCGCAGUCGGUGACGCGAGGUGACCGGCGGGACAUGCUGGGUUCGCUGCGGGAUUCGGCGCUCUUCGUGAAGAACGCCGUCUCCCUGCCCCAGCUCAACGAGAAGGAGGUGGACAGGAGCGCGGGGCAGCUGCCCAAGAGCCUCUCCUCCAGCCCCGUCAAGAAGCUGCCCGAGGAGGUGAGCCCCGAAGACCAGCAGCGCCCGAACGGGGCGGCCGCCGGGCCGCUGAGUCCCGGCUUGGAUGAGCGUGACUUCGGGGACAUCACGGAGCUGCCCGUCGUGGUGGCCAAGAGUGGGGCGGGCAUGAAACACGCCGAGUCCAUCAUGUCCUUCCACAUCGACCUGGGGCCCUCCAUGCUCGGGGACGUCCUCAGCAUCAUGGAUAAGGAGCAGUGGGAGCAGGACGAAGACCCCGAGGUAGAGGAGAGCCGCGAGGAGGAGGCGGAUGCCGCCCUGCCCGGCUCCCCGGCGGCGGCGGCAGCCCUGCCAAGCCAGAGCCCACCCCGCGGUGCCGGCGGCCGCUGCCCCAGGGACAGCAGUUCGGCGUCCAGCUGCACCUCGGGGCCGGAGGAGCGCAGCCCCGUUCCCGGGCCACCGAGCCAACGGGGGGGCCCCCCGAAACGCCCCGACAAGGAGUUCUCGUUCGCCGACGAAGACGACGACGAGAUCAGAGUAUAAAAGGCGGUCAGCCGAGCCAAGGGGUCUGGUUCUCAUUUGCGGUUGCUUGGACACGGGGCCGAAUAAUCCCGGUGCUGCAACGGGUGGCACCGGGGAAGACUCAACUCCUCACUUGUUCCCUCUCCCCGUCGGAUGUGCCGCGGCAGGACAGCGCUCUGCUCCCGGGGCCGGCGGCAGCUCCGAUGCCUCUUGGUCCCCAGAGAGCUCCAGCACAUCCCAGGAGGGGAAAGCAGACUUGAUUUUGGUUCUUUCUGUUGGACAUUGGAUGUUAGCUCUUUUCUUUUUCCCCCCACCCCCCCCACCAUGUAAAGCAUAUAGGAUCAAACAAGAUGAGGCUUUGAAGUUUUAGCCCCUUUAGUAAUAUAUGUAUUUUUUUCCGCCAUACGGUUUUUACUGCUCUCUGAUUUGUACUUAACUUUCUUUACUCUCGCUUUUGGUUUUAACCGAGGGGAGAUUUCCCAUGAGGAAGGACUUGGCUCUGGAGCUCAGAAGGGGCCCGGGAUCGUGGGCAGCUCCAGCUCCCCGGGUUUCUUGGGGACUUUCUGCAGACCAAGAGCUUCCAGCCCCAUGCCAUGGUGGGAGCUCGCUCCCCAGCCCUCGGAUGGAUGGAUGGAUGGAUCCAUCCCAGGUGCUCGACCCUCCAAACAGCCUGGAGGUCACGGGGAUGCCUCCUGGUCAGCCUUGGCACUGGCUGCUCCCGGGGAUGCCGAUGGGAGCGUGGGUUUGUCCCCCGUGGGAGGAACACCCGAGACCCCCCCCGUGAGCCAGGGUGAGCCCCGGUGUCCUGCGUGCCGGGUGGCCGCCGUCGCGGGGCUUCUCUGGCUGGGCAGUGCCGACACUGGCCCGGUGCGGGCGGUUGGAAGAGGAGGGUUUUAUACCAUGUAUGUACAAAUGCAAAGAAUAAAAGGAAACGGUAGUGACA